GAAAUGGAAGGAAGUCAAGGGAAAAGGAGAAAUGGAAGCAAAGAACAUAGACAUGAAUAAAGAGGAGGAAGUGAAGAAGAAAAAUAAAGAUGGGAAUAAGAUGGAAAUGGAAGAAAGUGGAGAAGAAAUCACUCUAUUUGUGGCAACGUUUUUUAUUAUUUUUUUUUUAAUAAGUAACUAUUCAAACACUAAGUACCCCUUGAAGUCAGGCCAUACCAAAGAAUCUUACUCUCUGUACUUUGGCUUUUGUCAAUGCAAUGCAGAAUCCAACCUUCUAAUAGGAGCAUGGAUGCGAUACCACAAGUAUCAGCCAUUUAAAAUGGGGCGAGGAGAUGCAGAAGAUUUAUCAGAAGAGUAUCGCCAAAUACUACAAUCCUUGAAAGGAACUGCAGAAGGCCUGCUGAUUAACCAAGUGUCAAAUGUUUGGAACAUAUAUGGUGGCUUAAAUAGAUUACAUCAUGUUAUGGAAAAAAUAUUUAAACAUGGUUGCAGAGUAUUUGAUCAAGAUGGAGAUCCAGAUUGUUGGGUUUUUAUCCAGGGUUUGAGCUGGCUCCAGCCAUCUCUUUCUGCAUCCCCAACAUUGCUUACUGAUGAGGAGGGUUCCCCAAACCUUCCUCCCAGUGUAAGCGGAAAAGCACUAGUGUGGUUGUACAAAAGUCUUGAAGGCCACACUUUGUCCCAGAAACUCUCCUGGUUGCUGUCAGAUCGUGAUCAUUUGCUUUCUUGUUUUGAGAAGUCUGCCUAUCUGUGUCAAGAGAAGUACGGACAGGCUACACUUAUUUGUUUGAGAGCUGUUGAACAAAACCAGCCCUCUCUCCUUACUGACAUUGAUCCAUGUUUGUAUCUUGCUUCAUGGAAUUUCAGAGUUUUUCACAAGACGCAUCGUAAAUGCUCCUCGUUUCCGGAUACAAAAUUCAACCCACGAUACCAUGGGCGGCGGCGUUUCCUGUUAGAGAAACAGAUAUCUGCAGAUGCGCAUUUGUCUGAAAUCAUGUCGAGAGUGCCUAUGAAGAAAUCUCCACUGGGGACAGGCUGUUUCGGUAGUGACAUCAGAGAUGCUGAUAAGGAAGAAGAGGAAGAUCGACAAAGCUUUUGUGAAGAAGCCACCGAGUGCACAUUUGCUGGAGAUAAUGACAGUGCGGCUACAAAUGAUUCAAACAAUCAAGAAGAUGAAAGUGAAAGUUUGGAAAAUUCUGCUGCUACAACUACUGCAGAAGCCAAACUACCUGAUGUGGUGCAAAUUGUUAAACGUUGGUAUAGUCUGCCUAGCUUAGUAAAUGCUGCUUGUUCAGAAGCUAGUAGAGAGGCUUUAUCUUCAACAUCUGAUGGAAAUUCUUCUUCUUGCACAAAACUUAUUGUGCAUUCGUAUCCUUCCUCUCCAACAAGGGGACCAUCCCGUUCAUCUAGUCUUGUUUUCCGUUCUCCUGAACAGUCGCCUUUAGAAACUUCAACAUCUGUUUCUGCACAAUCACCUUGUUCCAAGCUGUCCCCCAGUGUUUUAGAAAUAGAUUACAGUACUAUAGAACAGCAUUCUGAUAAUGAUGUUCCCUUAUCCCAAAGAUGUCCCCGAAACUGGCGAAACGGAAAUGCUAAACUAGUCACCAAGGGGACCUGUCUUAAAAGGCAGCUGUUUUGUGGAGACGAACCAUCUGUGAAGUCUAGACCGUUGUCUACUCGAAGUACAGCUGUAUUGAAUACAUUAGUCACCAGUAGUGGUAGCUCUGACACCCUGAAUCACGAAGCCAGUAGGUUAAAAUUAUCCCAAGCAUCAACUUCUAAAGGAAAUGUCCCAUGGUUGCAGACAAGUGUGCGUCCCUGUGAACUGAAACUUCCCAGAACCCAUUGGGAAGAAAGUGAAUUGGACGCUCCAAGAUCUCAAAGUCGAAUUAAAAAGACAACUGGGAAGACUCGUCGGGUAUCAUUAGGUGUGGUGGGAUCGGCUCCGGAAUAUGCUCAUGAAUGGAUGGGGGCAGUGGAUGGUAGUAGGAGGCGUGUGCAUAAAAAGAGUUUCAUUGAAGAUGGUGGUAGCAGUGUAUUGCCCAUGGCGACUGGUUUUUUCCCACGGCCCACGCAAGGUCAAAGUUUGGCCAGUUUUCUUUCAUCUGGUCAAUUUGCAAGACCUUCAGCAGAAUUGGAUCGGGAAAAUGCACAUUUCAGUGUGUGUGAAGCUAUGAUUGCUGCUAUUGAACUGGUGAAGUGCAACCAGCAGUUGGCCGUGGCGGUGGUGAGCAAAGUGCGUGCGCACGGCGAGAAAGGCGCCGGAGGGGACGGGGACGGGGUGUGCGGCGUGCGUGCGGGGGCGGCCGGGGGCGGGGGCGGCGCCGGCAGCGGCAGCGGGCCGGCGGACGAGAGCGACGAGGAGGCCAACCCGCUGAAGCAGCGGAUCCGCCUGCGCCGCCGCCAGCGCCAGCAGCAGCACCAUCACCACCGCCGCCAGAUCCAGGUGUGGAACAGCCAGCUGCUCAGCGACGGACGCACCGACACAACCACCACAGAUCAGAGCAUUAGCCCUCUUUCGUCUUCCCCUGGAACCCCUUCAGAGAGCCUCUCUACUGAUGGUGUAGAUGAUUUGGAAGUUGAUGAAGUCCAAAACUUGGCGCAGCUAAAAAACUCAGGUCUCUCUGUGUCGAUGGCAUCACUGUAUUCCGAAGCAGACCUCUCGAGACCUGCCACUUCCUCGACCUCAGUAUCGCGUGCUCCGGACGCUGGCCUAACGGAGUCGGUGGUGUCGGCGGAAGGAGUGGCGCUGUCUCUGCUCCGGCAGUUUAGCGACAAGCAGCUUCCGCGUGCCUCAGACCUCCAGUGGCUGGUGUCUGAACAGGACGCCCCCCAGCAGCUACUACCUUUGCCCACGAGUUGGCCAGUGAGUCCAGAUGAAGCGGAGGAUGCAGAUAUGCGUCAAGCAACACCUUUGCGUGGCACCACAGAUUGGGCACCACCAAGACCCCAAGUGAUUUUCACACCACAUCCCAGCCCUGUGCGAAGGGUACUAAUGGCCAAGCAGAACUACCGCUGUGCCGGCUGUGGAAUGAAGGUCGCAGUGGAAUAUGCACAUCGAUUUCGUUACUGCGAGUACCUGGGACGUUUCUUUUGCACGGGCUGCCACACCAAUCAGCUGGCUCUCAUUCCAGGGCGAGUCCUUACAAGAUGGGACUUCACAAGGAAGGAGAUGGAGGAGGAAAAGAAGAAGGAGGAGGAGGAGGAAAAAGAGGAGGAGGAUGAGGAGGAAAAGGAGGAGGAUGAGGAGGAAAAGAAGGAGGAGGAGGUGGAAGAGGAGGAGGAGGAGGAGGAGGAGGAAAAAAAGGAGGAGGAGGAGGAGAUGGAAGGGGGGGGGGAUUUAAAGAUGUAG